GGAGGACAGCAGCGGCAGACUGCUGGAGCAAGCGAGAUCUGUCAGAGAGGAGAAGGGGGGGGGACAUCCAUAAAUCUGCUGCUGAGGUGAGGCAUCACAGAGACGGCAAUUAGCACAGACAGCUGUGUGCAUGGUCUGAUGAGUUCCUUGUCCGCCGGCUCGGAGAUGCAGGCUUCCGCUCUCGACCCCCAGUUCAUACCGGGGCCCCAAGGUAAGGUGCCUGGCAGGAAGCGAGGACGCCCUCCUAUCCGAAAGCUGGAGUUCCAGAGCCACUAUGUUGAAACUCUGUCACCUCUUAAGGUCCCGAAGAAAAGAGGCAGGAAGCCUGGCUUUAAGCUGAAGCCCCGGAUGGUGAUGUCCCCUCUAGCCAAUUGUCCUCCCAGCAGCACACCAGAGCCAGAGAUGGGCUCCAUCCCACAGGACGCUGCCAUCGUCCCCCAUUCUGCCGCACCACAGGUCCUGACAGCGGAGAUGCCAUUGGCUGAUGAUUUUUUAUGUGACCCACCGGUGGACUCGAGGCGCUAUGCUAUAGAUCCCAGUGACUCUGCAUUCAGCGUCACGACAUCACAGUAUCAAACGAAGCAGUCCUACGGUUACCGUGGCAGCAGCUGCUCUGCUACAGCAGGCAUGUGCAGACAAGCGUCAAGCCCAGGAAGUCACCAGGAAGGAAACAGAAAUGCCUACAGCCCGAUGUCAGAUGCCGGAGAGUGCAAGCGUCCUGUUGGUAAGGACCCUUCCAGCUGGGGUGUGGAGGAUGUGGUUUGGUUCAUUAAAGAUGCUGAUCCCCAAGCUCUGGGACCCCAUGCGGAAGCAUUCAGGAAGCAUGAAAUAGAUGGGGACGCCCUACUUCUUCUGAAAAGCGAGAUGAUGAUGAAGUACCUGGGAUUGAAGCUGGGACCAGCGCUCAAACUCUGCUACCACAUCGACAGGCUCAAGCAGAGCCGGUUGUGAGCCGAGUCCUCGAUCGCCUCGUUAAUUUUUAAGAGCAACGAGUCGGAGCCAAUUCCCGAAACCUUUCUAAGUCAUCAGCAAUACAUCACGAACGUCUGAUCCAAAUAUAUGCUGGCUUUUACUACAUUUACACCACACUUUGUCCACAGAUUGGACACUGUGACUGUACAUGUUAGGACAUUUAAGAGCUCAAACAGUUAUUUUACUUUUGUCUCUCUUUACUUUGUACCUGAACUGCUAUAGAUUGUAAAUAGUUUGUCGCCAAACAGAUGGCAGCUACGGUAUAUUGAAGUACGACCUGUAAUAAUAAUUUUUGAGCUUGGGCAUUGUUAAUUUGUGCAGAUCAUAAUCACUGGAUACUGUAUUAUAUCAUUAUAAACUUCUAGGGUGCUUUACCUCAGUAACACAUUUAAACUUUACAAAGUCUUGCUGCUGGACUUUUAAGAUAGUCCAUUUUAUCCUCACUUGGUCACAUUUAUCCAGGUUAAAGUUGGUGACAUGACUUGUAAUUAAUAACUCAAACUGUUCAUUAAGUCGAUUUGGAAGUCUGUUGCAAGAUAAUCUAGAACAAAACAGCGCUGUUACUGAGCCACUUUGAGAGCACAGUUCUCAAACAUCUCUGAACUUUAAGUGCACACUUGUUGGCCAAGCAAAUGGUUUAUGUGCCAGAGACUUGACAAUACAAAGUGUACAUUUAUAAUACUGGAAUGUGUAAAACUUCAUGAGAAAGGAGUGAUAGAGCUCAUAUUUGGGAAAAGUUUUAAAAAAUAAAGAAAGAAGUGAUUUGUUAACGUGAAGAUUCUGACCACAAACCACACCGGAGCUCGAGUGAAGCGAUCAAGAUUUUUUACCAGUCGUAGAUGUCUGUAAUCACACAGUGCUCAUAAUGACAGGAAGGAAAUAUGACUUCUUUUUUCCACUGGGGUUGCAAUGUAGCAUGAGACAAAGCGAAUUUAAUAAAUCUCAUACAACUGGGUGCUCACCGAAACAGAUACUACCACUACAAUCACUACAUUUUACAACAUAUCUACUCGUAAACUUCACCUCUGUGACUUCCUUCAGGUUACAUUCUUCUCAUAAGUUACCUCUUCAGUCAUUUAGAAUGGAGCAGGAUUUCAUCCCUUAACUGUUAAAAAGGGAAACUGCUGUAUGUAAAAUGUCUCGAGCAUUAACAUUUGUUUUGGUUUGGUUUUUUUGGUUUCUUUUAAACAUUGCCAUGUCAGAAUCAGGGCUAUGCAGCCACCAAAUUCAGUUUUCUUGUGUGACAUUGUGCAAAAGGUAGUCAUACACAGUAUUUGUCUAACUUGGUUAAACAAUGCCUUUUUUUUUAAUGUGUAUAGUACUUGUUACUUACUUUAAUCUUGUUUUUUUUCAAUGCUUCAAUGCUUUGUUUGUACAACACAGACUGAUUAGUAUCUUUUAUGAUAAAAAAAAGUUUCACUUUAUCAAACUUGAUUUUAAAUACAUGCAAGAAAUGAACACAAACAUUUAGCACAUGAGCUAUUUCAACAAAUGUAAGAAUCUCUGGAUGUUGUCAAUUUUUGAGUUAGUGACCUAUGUUAAUUGAAUUUUGAUGUUCUUUACUGUUUGAUACUUAAAUAAACCUGGCUUUAUUUUAA